UGUGUGUAUCAGGGCGGGGUGUUUGCGCAUGCACGGUGGCUUUGGCCGUGUAAAUCUCCAUCAGUGUCUGUCUGGAGCGUCCUGCCGCUGCGCCGGAGCAAGAGAGAAAAGCCCGUCACCUGAAACACAGGGCGAAUUUCACCAUCCACAAUUAGAAUCUCUGCAGGAUUGUCUGGAAACCUUCCUCCAUCGCGUCCGGUUUGUUUUGUGCCGACGGCGGCGGGUGUCAUUGAGCUGCGGGGCGUCGCUUCUCCAAACGCGAAUCGGGAACCAUUACGCGCUCGGAUCUCCAGCCAUCAGCGCAGAGAUGUCCGGAUACCAGGGCAAGAAGAACAUCCCUCGCAUCACUAGUGACCGACUUCUAAUUAAAGGAGCGAAGAUAGUGAAUGAUGAUCAGUCUUUCCAUGCUGAUAUCUAUAUGGAGGAUGGAGUCAUCAAGCAAAUCGGUGAAAACCUCAUAGUUCCUGGUGGCGUGAAGACCAUCGACGCACAGGGCAGGAUGCUGAUACCCGGUGGCAUCGACGUUCACACCCGCUUCCAGAUGCCCGACCGGGGAAUGAUAGCAGCUGAUGACUUCUACCAGGGCACACGAGCUGCUCUCGCUGGCGGCACCACUAUGAUCAUGGAUCAUGUGGUCCCAGAGCCGGGGGUCAGUCUGAUCGCUGCCUUUAACCAGUGGAGGGAGUGGGCUGACCACAAGUCCUGCUGCGAUUACUCUCUGCAUGUGGACAUCACAGAGUGGCACAAGGGCAUGCAGGAGGAGCUCGAGGCGCUGGUCAAAGAUCACGGUGUCAACUCUUUCCUGGUCUACUUGGCCUACAAGGACAUUUUCCAGCUAAAUGACUCCCAGAUGUAUGAGGUGUUCAGUGUGAUCAGGGACUUGGGAGCCAUCGCCCAGGUGCAUGCAGAGAACGGGGACAUCAUUGCUGAGGAGCAGAAGAGGAUUCUGGGAUUGGGUAUCACUGGUCCAGAGGGACACGUUCUGAGCCGUCCAGAGGAGGUGGAGGCUGAAGCCGUCAACCGGGCUGUGACCGUCGCCAAUCAGACCAAAGGAAAAAAGUAGCUCUUAAAUCUAGCUCUUAAAAGCGGUCUAGUGAUUCUGACCCAGUGUUUUUUCUCGGCAGGUACCGUGGUGUACGGGGAACCUAUCACAGCCAGUUUGGGGACAGAUGGCACUCACUACUGGAGCAAGAACUGGGCCAAAGCUGCAGCCUACAUCACAUCUCCACCCCUCAGCCCCGACCCCACCACCCCGGACUAUCUCAACUCCCUGCUGGCCUGCGGUGAUCUGCAGGUGACUGGCAGUGCUCACUGCACCUUCAGCACCUCCCAGAGGGCCGUGGGAAAGGAUAAUUUCACCUUCAUCCCGGAGGGAACAAACGGUACUGAGGAGAGAAUGUCCAUCAUCUGGGACAAGUGUGUGGUGACAGGUAAGAUGGAUGAAAACCAGUUUGUGGCCGUGACGAGCACCAAUGCUGCAAAGAUCUUUAAUCUGUACCCACGGAAGGGCCGCAUCGCUGUGGGCUCUGAUGCUGACCUGGUGCUCUGGGACCCAGACACUACCAAAAUCAUCUCUGCUAAGAGCCACCACCUGGCGGUGGAGUACAACAUCUUUGAGGGGACUGAGGUGCGUGGAGCUCCUCUGGUGGUGAUCAGCCAGGGCAAGAUCGUCCUGGAGGACGGGAACCUCCACACCACUGAGGGCUCUGGACGCUACAUCACUCGUAAACCCUUCCCAGACUACGUCUACAAGAGGAUAAAGGCCCGCAGCAGGCUUGGUGAGCUGUGUGGAGUCCCGCGAGGUCUGUAUGACGGCCCGGUGUGUGAGGUCACGGUGACACCUAAGGUCAUGACCCCUGUCACCUCCAGUAAGACUUCUCCAGUCAAACACACUCCUCAACCGGUUCGCAACCUGCAUCAGUCUGGAUUCAGUCUAUCUGGGGCUCAAAUUGACGACAACAUUCCUCGUCGUACCACUCAGCGCAUUGUGGCGCCCCCAGGUGGCAGGGCCAACAUUACCAGCCUGGGAUAAAAUCAUUUUCUUAUUACAGAGAUAAAAGGAUGGGGUGGGAUGGGGGUUAAAGAAACUUGGGCUUUUCCUCCGGGAUCGGUCCAGACGUCUGGACUGCGUCCCAACAAGCACACCUCUACUUCCUCCUACACUUCUGUCCAUUCAUCCAACCCUAACACCCAUCCUUUUAACUCUAGCAUCCUGUUUUUGAGUGCAUCUUUCUUAGAUUAAUAAGUUUCAGGAUGACUUGGCAUUGGUAUUGGAAUGUCAGAUAUGUUGUGCUAUUUCACUUGACUACGUUCUGAACAGCAUACUAAUAAUUCUUCAGUAUGUAUACCGUGCAUAGUGAGGGGUAUCUGUUUGCAUGGAACGACAUUCUACAUGCAAAAUGUGCAUUAUGCAACAGAGCAUACUGUACUGUGUACUGUAUCCCAAAAUACAAUGCAACCUUUAAUUUCUCAUGUGACGAAUGAACUGGAAAUAAUGUCAUCUUUUUUCUUAUUUGUUAUUUGGUCAUAAAUUAGGAUUUAUUUUAUUUUUUUUUUACAUGCAAUUGGAUUAAAAUGCAAAAUUACUGUAUUUAUUAACGCCUUCAUAAAUGUGACGUAAACAUGCAAUGCGUGCUUUGAAAAACAAACACUGUUGUUUUUGGCCAAGUGGUCCUGAAACUUAUCCGGCUAACCAAGUAAUCUACAGUCAAAGAACAGGAACUACCCAGCUAACAAGAAUAUGUUCUAAGAACGUUUUGCCAAUGUUUGCAUUAAGUUACUGUUCUCUGAACAUUCCAAAUGGCCAGUUUAAAAAAAAAAAAAACAUUAUGGGAAUGUUACUUUUGAAUGUUCUCUGAACAUUCUUAAACUAGCAGUAACGGAUAAAAAAUGUUAGACAAAUGUGGCACUAAAAUGUUUCAGAAAAACGUUCCAUGACUGAUGUAUAAAUAACGUUUUUUGUGUUAAGGAUUAAUAUCAUUAUUAAAGACCGCUUUGAAUGAACAUUUUAUUCUUGCCAGAACGUUCUGAUAACGUUUUGUUAGCGAGGCAGUAUUAUCCGUCAUUUGCCGCCGUACUUUAAUGUUAUUAUUUGUUUGCAUUCUGGAAAUGAACAGCACAAAACUCCCGCCUGUAUGGUUUAGUGUUAAACGUGCUGUCGUCAUGUUGAUUUGUUGUUUUUUUCCUUGUAGGAAGAGUCGAUGAGUUAUUUAUUGUUUAGGAUUCAAACCACAUUUGCAUUUUACAUUUUGCAAAAGUGUCAACUCUUCCACAAAUGCCUGAUUUAUUACAAGUUUUUAGAAUGUUGUUUUAUAAUGAACUUAAUAGUGGGAUUAUUUUUUUAUUUUAUUAUUUUCUAUGCAUGUUAUGAUUUCGGUUUCAGGUCAGUGUUUCAACGCUUCCUGAAGUCCCUCACGUUUGUCUUCCUCACGUUUUUGCACUUUGUUAUUUUCUCUCAGUAUUAUUUAAAUGGUGUUUUGGAGAUGUUUAAAGCAAAAAAAAAAAAAAGAUUAACAGUGGUGUUUUUGGCCGUGGUGCGCAGUCCUGUGGGGUUUUGGUGUGAGUUGAAUUCACUCAUUUUUCGCUGUAAAUGUCAAACUGUCCAUUCCUACUUUGUCCCACAGUUUUCACGAAGAGGGUCUCACCAGAAACAAUACAAUACAGUUGAGAAUAUAAAGAAAAACUCUCUGUGUGAACAGCAGAUCGAGAGGGAGGUGCUCUUUUCACCCUUUCAUUUCGGUUUAGGAGGAAGGUGGUUUCUAUAGCAACGGUCCCGAUCACUCGGGGUGGAUGCUGAUUAGAUACAACAGCCGUGCCGUUCUGGAGCGUUGCCCCGGUAACCUCUUCACACCGGGGGUUUAUUCUUGCGGUGGAUCUCGGAUCUCACCCCCUGCUGUUCCGUCCCGCAACAGAACCGACCUUUACCGUGAGGACAUUUUAAAGGAUGCAGUGAUUGUCCGUCAUGUGUAAGGUUGAUCAGUGUUAUUCUGAAUUAAACGUCAGGUCACAAUGCUUUUCUUGCGUUGCAGUUCUGCUUUGUUUUUAUAAAUUGACUUGCCUGCCUAUUCACCAAGUGAUACAGUUCUUGAUUAAUGUCUGUGAGCGUUGUUAUGACAAGCUGAGCAUUUCUCAUGGAAGAUACGUACACAAUUCAUCCUUCUUAAUGUCUUUGAUUGUUACAAUAAAAUGCAGUUGUGAACAAAAGCCUGUA